AUGGUGCUCUCCCUUUCUCUCGUAGUUUUAGGGUUUUUUUGCAGUUCAUUAGUUCUAUGUAAAAGAGAUGAACCUGUAUGUUUUAAAUCUACGGAUAGCAGUGGAGCCUAUCCAUGUGAAAGUCGUCCAAGUAAAGAACCACUCAGUUUACAGUACAGCAAAGUACAAAUUAGUAAACCUGCACCAUUCUUCGAAGGUAUCGCUGUUAUCAAUGGAGAAUUUAAAGAAGUUAAUUUGAACGAUUUCAAAGAUAAAUAUCUCGUGCUCCUCUUCUAUCCAUUGGACUUUACGUUUGUAUGUCCCACUGAAAUCAUCGCUUUUGCAGAUCGUAUUCAAGAAUUUAAAGAUAUUAAUACUGAAAUUGUUGCAAUCUCGGUCGAUUCACAAUUUACUCAUUUGGCCUGGUUAAAUACACCGCGUGAACAAGGUGGCCUAGGAAAGAUUCAAAUUCCACUCUUGUCAGAUUUAACACAUCAAAUUUCUAAAGAUUAUGGUGUAUUUUUACAAGACGUCGGUCAUGCAUUGAGAGGAUUAUUUAUUAUUGAUGGCCGUGGUAUUCUUCGUCAAAUAACAAUGAAUGAUCUCCCUGUUGGUCGAUCAACUGAUGAAACACUUCGACUUCUUCAAGCUUUUCAAUAUACUGAUAAACAUGGCGAAGUAUGUCCUGCUGGUUGGCGUCCAGGCUCAGACACAAUUAUUCCAAAUCCAGAAGAGAAACUGAAAUAUUUCAGUAAAAAUUAUGAAACAAAAAAGAACUAA